GCUUUCGUUCAGGACUUCCGUGCGCUGAUCACCUGACUCGAACAGCCGUCACAUGAUGCGCGUGUUUGUGUGGCGCACGCGGGGCAGCUAUCAAAGACGGAGGAAGUUGUAACCAAGAAGAAGAAGAAAAAGCAGUGGCAGUUGCGUCUGUUUUGUCAAAGUCGAUGCGAGGCUUCUAAACGUUAGCGGGCGUCAGUGAUGUUUCCCGGGGCGCUGCUGCUGCUGUGCUCGCUGGCCGUCAUUCCUCUCCCGUCUCGGGCUCAGUAUGCUCCUGAUGAGGUUACCAGCCUGCCUGGAAUGAUGUUCAAGCCCAACUAUCGACAGUGGUCCGGAUACCUCCAGGCCCGGCCGGGCAAGUUUCUGCACUACUGGUUUGUGACGUCUCAGAGGGCCCCGUCCAAGGACCCCCUGGUGCUCUGGCUCAACGGGGGUCCAGGCUGUAGCUCGCUCGAUGGCUUCCUGUCAGAGAAUGGGCCGUUUCACGUGGAUGACAACGGUGCUACACUAUAUGAAAACCCGUUCAGCUGGAACAAGAUUGCCAACAUUCUGUAUCUAGAAUCCCCUGCAGGGGUGGGAUAUUCCUACUCUGAUGACCAGAAGUAUGCAACUGACGAUGACCAGGUAGCUGAUGAUAAUUACAGAGCCCUGCAGAGCUUCUUUGCCAAGUUUCCAAAUUUCACUCAAAACGAGUUCUUCAUCUUCGGGGAGAGUUAUGGUGGAAUAUAUGCACCGACCCUCAGCCUGCGUGUGGCUACAGGAGCUGCCAAGAUCAACUUCAAGGGCUUUGCAGUAGGAAAUGGUCUCAGCAGCUUUGCUCUCAAUGACCAGUCUCUGAUCUACUUUGGUUACUAUCAUGGCCUCUUUGGAGAAACAUUAUGGCGUGACCUGAACAUAAAUUGCUGUGACAAAGGAAGCUGUAACUUUUAUGACUCGAGCUCAGAAACCUGCAAGACACUGGUGAUUGUGGCUUUUGGUAUCGUGUAUAACAGCGGACUGAAUGAAUAUGCUCUGUACAUGGAUUGCCAGGGCCAAAGGUCUUCCAGAGCCUAUGAGUGGGCCAUGAGUCUUCUUUAUAAGAACUACCGACAGCACAGCCACAAGUUCCAACAUCAGGUGACUCCAGGGUCUCUUGGUGAAGUUCCCCCCUGCAUCAACAGUACGGCUCAGACUACCUGGCUGAACAGAGGAGAUGUGAGGAAAGCUUUGCACAUACCUGACACACUGCCACCAUGGGACAUCUGCAGCGCUGCUGUUGGAGGGAACUACACAGUCUUGUACCCGACGGUGAAGGCGGUUUACCUGAAGCUGCUCUCUCUGGGCCUGCGGGCGCUCGUGUACAACGGAGACACGGACAUGGCCUGCAACUUCCUGGGAGACCAGUGGUUCGUGGAGGACCUCGGUCUAAAGGCAACAACUAAGUAUCAGAGCUGGCGAUAUGAAGACCAGAUUGCUGGUUUCUUCCAGCAGUUUGGAAAUAUCACUUUCCUGACUGUAAAGGGUGCUGGUCACAUGGUACCUCAGUGGGCUCCAGGUCCAGCUUUCCAGAUGUUCCAGACUUUCAUAACAAAUGAACCCUAUUGAGCCGCGAUGGAAACGGCUGCAUGUGAAAUAUCUGCAUUCAUCACGAGACUUUGUUUUUCUCAGGGAGGAUCGACUUAAAGGGAAGAGGACCGUUAAAUACACUGAGCUAUUGGGUUCUUACUUGGUGUUGGGUUUGCAUUACACUGGAUCUCUUCUUCUAAGUGCAUAUUGGAGCUUUGAGAAUGCUUGACCAUCCAUUCUGAACAGGUACCAAAAGAUGAUCAAAAAUAAAAUUAUAUAAAUUUUGCACUUGACUAAGUUGAACAGAUAAGGACGCUCACUUUAAUCACCAGUACAUACAACUGAGCUGACAUCUGUAUUUGUAUCAGCCUGUGCAUCUUACUAAUCAGCACAUUAAAUGAAUGACGCAAGAACAAAGCUAGUUCACUUCAAAUGGUGGUAUUUAAGUAAAACUGAAGUGAAUGAAGUGACAAGUCUGAUCUCAAUGUAUUUGCAUUGCAACUUCAUUUGCUAUGUUUUUUAUUAAAGUUUUACUGCCAGUUACA